UCAGUGAACGUUAGAUAUAAAAUAAGGUUGAUUUAAGUGUUUUUAUUUAACUAUAAUAGAAUCUAAUGUUGUCUUAAGUGUUUAAUUGAAGUGUUGCACCUUGACAUAAUGUCAGUGUUAAAAUUAAACGUCAAACAUGAUGUUUGACGUUAUGGAAAGUAUGUGGACAUUUCCUUCAUGAAGAAAAAUGUAUUUGUCACUGUACGAACAUCAAUGCUUACAAGUUAUAAAUUCGUCUGAAAUGGAGAGCAGUCUGGUUACACCAAAACGUGAGCAAAUAUGCGACGAAGAAAGUAUUUUUAACAAACUCAACACCAUAACGAAGAAUCAAACGGUCAACGCUAAGCCUCCGGAAAUUCAAGAUUUCUUUAUUGUAAAACCAAUUAGUCGUGGAGCAUUUGGUAAAGUGUUUUUAGGUUUCAAGAAAACUAAUCCUGAGCAAUUAUAUGCAAUAAAGGUUAUGAAAAAGUCUGAGAUGAUAAACAAAAAUAUGGUUUCACAAGUCGUUACUGAAAGAAAUUGUUUAGCUUUGUCCAGAAGUCCAUUUUGUGUACAGCUUUACUAUUCCUUGCAAUCAGUUUCAUCAAUAUAUUUGGUUAUGGAAUAUAUGGAAGGUGGUGACUUGAAAUCUCUUUUAAGUGUUUACGGAUAUCUAGAAGAACCUAUAGCACGUUUUUACAUUGUUGAAGUUAUUUUAGCUCUACAGUAUUUGCACGAACAUUCAAUCGUUCACAGAGACUUAAAGCCGGACAAUAUGUUACUGUCUGGUAAAGGACAUGUUAAAUUGACAGACUUUGGUUUGAGCAAAAUUGAAUUACACAGAGAUUUGGAAAUAGCAGAUUUAGUAAAUGGUACUCCAACGCUGAACACACGUACUCCGGGUCAAUUGUUGUCUUUGACUUCUCAUUUGAGCUUUGGCAAUUCAGUAAAUAGACGAAGUGGAUGUUCUGGUCAUAGCAGUAAGGAAAGAAAUUCUGUUUCCACUAAUCUUUUACAAAACCUGAAUAAAGAAGGUUUGUAGAUAAUUGAUAGUGUUUAAUAUAUAAUAUGUAAUAAAAUUAAUGUAUUUUGAACAGGCAAAGGCAGCAGUUCUGAUUUUGUGUGUGAUCAAUUGGAUGUUUCUAUAGUUUCCACAAAUAGCAGUAGAUUAUCAGGCAUUACACCAUUUUAUAGUGCUGAAAUCAAUGUAAAUGCUGUAUCUUCUUCUACAAAUAAAACAGACAAUUCGUAUCACACUUGCCAAAGCAAUAAUUGCACAACUGACAAAGAAAAUGCAAGUACAAAAUUAGGAAAUUAUACAAUUAAUGAUGAAUUUAUAAAAUCAAACUCUAGCAAUAUAAGUAAUAUGUCUAACAGCAAUAAAAAUAAAUGUGAUUAUUUGGAUAUUGAAAGUUCUGAUGAAAUAUUAUCAAAAAAUAUUAGCAGUGCUAGAGAUUUUUUCAAACGAUCACGUUGUGGUUCUCCUGCAUUAACAGAACGAUCACGGUCAAAAUCUUUAUCAGAGGAUACUUCUGAACAUGUUGUGACUUCAUUUUCAAGAUCUAGAUCAAUUCAAGAGACCAGAAUCUUCCGUGCUAAGCGUAAACGUGGUGGCCCUUUCAACUCACCACCCGAUGCAAAUAUAACAGAAGAGCGUAGUGGAAGUCAUACAGGAUUGACACAAGAAAUUGAUUUGAUGGAUAUUGAGAGUUCAACACCGAAACGAAAAGCUACUCGGGCUAUUGUUAUGCAAUCUUCUUCAAGCAUUCAAAAAUCUUUACAGAAACGAACUAUUUUGAAAGGAGUACUGAAAAUCAAGUCUUCAUCAGAAGAUGAUUCUCCAGCACCUCCAGCUGGUGGUGUGAUGUUUUCAACUCCGGUUCCAAAAAAUUCAGAAGUUACAAAUUCAGACAGCGAAAAUGAGUUAAAAAGAGACUAUGCUGGUAUGAUUCGACACAAAAAUACAAGAUUUGAUAUACCCAUUGAAUCAAAACAGAUGUUAUCAAGUACUUUAGAAUAUCCUAAAGGACAUAACAUAUCUGAUGAUCCAAAUAUCUCGCCAAUACAGACAACAAACACUAAGUCUGUCACAACAGGUCGAACAUCAAGUAAUGAAAUUCCUCAUAGGACUCCAAAAGCAGCACAGACUCCAUUCAGGACACCAAAAUCUGUUAGGAGAGGUGUUGGUUCAACUGAUCAACGAAUAUUAGGUACACCGGAUUAUUUGGCACCAGAGUUAUUGUUAAGGCAAGGUCAUGGUGCAGCAGUAGACUGGUGGGCCCUUGGUGUAUGUUUGUAUGAAUUUUUAACAGGAAUAACACCAUUCAAUGAUGAAACACCCCAAGCUGUAUUUAACAACAUACUAAACAGAAAUAUAGAAUGGCCUGAAGGCGAUGAAGCUUUAUCAGAUAACGCAGUACAAGCUGUGGAAUCUUUACUAACAAUGGAUCCGCUGGUAAGGCCUGCUUACAAGGAAGUCAAACUAUUCGAGUAUUUCCAAAAUGUGAAUUGGGAGAAUCAGUUAUCAGAAGAGCCACCAUUUAUACCACAACUGGAGAACCCUUUGGACACUUGCUAUUUUCAAGCUCGCAAUACUUUACAACAUUUGAACGUGUCCAAAUUUGAUUCGUAAUUUAAGAUUUUAAUAUGAAUUUUACUAUACUAACUUAUUUUACUGCAUUAUGCAUUUUUUUUGCUAGAAUGCACUUAGUUGUGUAUUUUAUAUUAUAACUUUGUACAUUGUGUAAAUACUAUUUAUUAUAUUAUUCUUAAAAAAAAUAUUGUAU